AUGGACGUCAACCACAACCCGAGUGGAACCCCGGCACCGUAUGGCCGGGCUUGUAUCAACUGUUCUCGCGCUAAAAGCAAAUGCAUUCUUUUAGAAAGAGGCCAUGGCUGUGAAAGAUGUCAGCGUUUGAAAAAGGACUGCCGGCCAUCGCCAACGGUGCGAAAACGAAAUGGCCGAUCUUCGGCUUCUAGGACUGCACAGCUUGAAGCUAAGCUAGACAAUAUCGUAUCAUUACUCCAAACUACUGGCGGCACAUCUGCAAUACCCACAGAUUGGGACAACGCCACUUCGAUUGCCAUGCCUGCACAAAAUGCGCCACCUUAUUCGUCUAAGACGGACCACCCCAUCAUCACUCCAGCUGGGAUUCCAUCGCCUGUCCCGUCAUCAUCAAGUGAUUGUUCAAUGGCCGAUGUUUGCAACUCGCUUCAACUUACUCCAGAGGAGUCCGAGAAAAGACUGGGAAGCUUUCGCACUUCCAACAUGACAUUUAUUCCCUUUAUCCACAUACCCUCCCAUAUAACUUCCCAACAGCUUCGCGUGGAGAGGCCAUUUGUCUGGCUUACUAUCAUGGCGGUCUUAACUCCUGCAAUUGACAAAAGGGAUACUGUCUUUACUCAGAUCACGACUCUUAUCCACCAAAAGCUUCUCGUCGAGGUUGCCCCAAGCAUGGAUAUGCUGCUUGGGCUUAUGAUAUUCAUAACUUGGACUACAUAUACCCGGCGACCAUUUCUUAAUUUCUAUUCGCACGUGGUCAUGGGACUUGUCUGUGACCUCGGAAUCAACCAGGCAAUUCCCAAAGAGCCAUCAACCAUGCAGGCUUUCAAAUGUGCUGUCGGCUGGAAACAGCCAAUGUCAACUACAAGGACGAUUGAGGAACGAAGAGCUGCGCUUGGCUGUUUCUUGAUGACAUCUUGCGUUGCUUUGACAAUGUUUAGAAUCGACGCGCUACGAUGGACACCUCACAUGGAAGAAAGUCUACAGGUUCUCCUAGAUGCCCAAGAGUGCCCAGAAGACGAAAUUCUGGUCACCCUUGUCAAGAUUCAACUGGUGAUGGACAAAGUGCAUCACCAUAGACGGGAUGCGGACGGCCAGUUGCCCUCUUUACUUUAUACAAAAUCCUUUCAGGCACAGUUGGAUUCCGUGCGAGCAGAAAUCCCGCAGCAUCUCAAACAGUUAAAUACGGUAUUGCUAUAUAUCAGUACUGCCGAGUUUAUUAUUCAUGAAUCUGCUCUCAAGGAUGUGUCAUCUCCAAGUUCUCCAGAGCUACAUCGACUCGAAAGUCUCUGUACAUGCCUCCACGCAGCCAAGUCUUGGUUUGAUGUUUGGAUCACCAUUCCUGGUGGGGAUUAUCUGGGUAUGCCAUUUACCAUGUACUUCCAGUUCUCAAGGGCUCUGGUCACUCUUUACAAAUUAUCGACUCUAGAGGACCCGGCUUGGGAUAAAACCAUGGUCCGAAACACCGCCAACAUACUUGAAAUCCUCGAUCGUAUCGCCUAUGGAAUGAAGACAUGCGCAGAAUCACUCAAUGUGAACGAUGAGGAAUGGAAUAUCUUCGAAAAAGGAAUGAGGAUGACCCAAUCAAUCAAACAAGGCUGGGAGCCAAAACUUAUGGAAAUUUGGUACCCGAACGUACCGGCAAAUGAUUUGGGAGGAGACUUUGUGACGCCGACCUCCGCUCUCGAGCCCUUACCAACGAAUGGGUUCGAUGAUAUGUGGAUGAUGGAGAUUUUUGGAUCGAUGGGAUAG